AACUCAACGAAAACAAGAACAGAAAUCUCUAUUUCUUUUUAAUCUGAUUGAUUUUAGUUCACUGGCUGGCUGGCUUGUCUGAUUAGUAGCUGGCCGGUUCGAUGGCAUAAUAAUUCAUUCAAUCAAUCAAUGAAGGACGAAAAAAAAUUGACUUCAACUCUAUUGAAUAUUAAUUGCCCAUAACGUUGCCAUUAAAUCCAUGAUGAUUAAUCAUCAUGAUUAUCGUCAAGAUAUAAUAAUUCGAUGUACUAUGAUUUAAAAAGAAAAAAUGAAGAAGCAACCCUAACUCAUGAACACAUAGUCGAUAGUUGUGAUUUGUUUAUAACAACAAAUUUCAGUUCAUCCAAAAUCCAAUCACGCGCUCAUUUUUUUUUUUUUGUUUUAUUUGUCUAUCUUUUAUGUGUAUGUGUAUAAAUGUGCAAUGAUGAUUGAAGCCAACAACACUAAAAACAAAAGAAACACCAACAACCAAUAAUGAGUAUCAAUCAAUAUAUUUAUAUAUGCUGAUGAUGACAACCAGAGUAAUGCUUGUAUAUGUAUUGGAUAAAUCUCAAUUGGAUUUAAUGUGAUGUGGCGACUACUAAACAACGAAGAGAAGACUAUAGCGAUGAUCAUUUUUUUAAAACAUAAAUAAAUAAACGACAGAAAUCAUCAUCAUCAUAUCAUUUAUUCAGUUUAACUUUUUAGAAUUCUAUAAUAGAAUUCUGAUUGAAUCUUGAUGAAUUUGGAAUUCUUUUAUUCAACAUAAUAAAUUAUUAUCAACAAUGCUGAGCGUAGCCGAUUCAUCAUUUUCAUCUGCCGUUGCAGCAGCCGCAUCAUCUCUAUCAUCAUCAUCAUCAUCAUCAUCAUCACUUCGUAGGAGUAUUUCAACACCGACCACUUUAUUCUCAUUGAAAACACUCACAUCUGAGGACUCAACCUCGGGAACGAAUCGAUUAUGGACGCAUAAUUCAACAUCAAUUUCAUUAUAUCGUUUAAUGAAUAAAAUAUCAGCCGAAACAUUUGCCAAACAAUUGACUCUUAUUGAUUGGAUCAUUUUCUUGAAAAUUAAACGUAAUGAAUUGAAACCAGGACAAUGGACUGGUUCAAUGAAACAUGUACUUUCACCAAAUAUUGUACUAUUCACCAGACGAUUUAAUAUUGUUACCUAUUGGGCUAUUGACGAGAUACUUUGCCUUAAGACUCCCAAACAACGUGCCGAAAUGAUUAGCUUUUUUAUUAAAUUAAUCAAUAAUCUCAUUGAAAUUCAUAAUCUACAUUCUAGUUAUGCAAUCAAAUCAGCAUUGAAUAGUGCGUCCAUACAUCGGUUAGAGAAAACCUGGAAUUGUUUGAGCAAAAAAGAUCGUCAAUGUUUCGAAAAGAUUGAUGCAUUAUUUUCCGAAUCAGAUAAUAGUAAUAAAUUACGAACAUUUAUGGAAAUGGCCAUUAAACAAACGAAAAAUUCAAAUUGUAUACCUAAUCUGGCCACCUAUCUACGUGAUAUCAUCCAUAUUGAUAGCGCUUUUCCACAAAGCGAUACUCAACGAGCCAAUCUUCGACACGAAAAACUUGAAUCAAUAUACACUUUCAUCGAAAAAUGUCAACAAUCUAGUUAUGAUGAAAUUGAAAUCGAAGAAGACGUGCACAAAUAUCUAGUCUCAUUACGAUAUAUUGAAGAAUUGCAAAAAUUUCGCGAAGAUGAUUAUUUCAAGACAUCAUUAAAAUUAGAGCCAGAUCCUAAUAUUGAAUCAAGAAAUAAUUAUCAACAAAAAAAACUAAGCUAUCUGCGUUUUAGUAGCCAUUAUGAUAUCAGAGCUUUACAACAACAAAGUGAUCCUUCAUCAUCAUCAUCAUCAUCAUCAGCAGCAUCAGCAUCAGCAUAUCAUCAACAGAAUCAAUCUACAUUGGAAUUGAAUAAUUCUGAUUAUGCGGGUUUAUUGAACAAAUCUUUUAAUGGUGAAAGUUUAAAAAAUAGUAAAGAAUUAUCGAUUAGUAGUGAUUUUAAACCUGGUCAUCGAAAAACUUAUAGCCUUGAGACGAAUCUUUAUCUAUCAACUAAUAAUAUUCAAAACGUUGUAAAUAAUAAAAACAGUAAUAAUAAUAAUAAUAAUAAUCAAUGCUCAUCAUCAUCAUCACCAAUAAACAAUAGAUCAUCAAAAAAUCUCAAAAUGAAUCUCAUUGACGAUAGUCCUAUCAUAAUCAAUAAUGAUCCAAUAAUUAAUACUUAUCAAGUUAGUCAUGUAUAUAACAAACGGGAUAAAAAACCAACACUGGAAAUGUUUAAAAGAAAAUCGGAAGAAUCUUAUUUGUCGCCCAAUGGUGGUGGUAUCACUAACCUUGAAGAUUGGAAUACUGUUUAUCCGGAUCGUUAUGAACGAUGGACAUAUACGGAUAAAGAUAUUAUACAUAAAGGUUGUGUAAAUAGAAAGACUGUGUUGAAAGAUAAAAAGAAACCUCCGUUUUCAUUCUGGACAAAUUAUCAUCUACGAUUGACCAGUGAUUCAUUGCUUUUUUUCAAUAGUAAAUCAAAUAAUCAACUUAAAGAGACACCGAAUCUUCGAGCAUGUAAAAAAUUUCCUUUAUUAGAAUGGUCAGUUUUCGAUAAUGGUAACAUCAAUCAACAUUCGAACAAAACAACAAAUGUAUUCACAUUGGCUGAUCAUUCAUGUUCAACCAUAUACAAAAUUAGAACGUUGACCGAAACAGAAGCCAAAGAUUGGAUUCGAUUGAUUAAACAGGCUACUAAUAAUCUUCGACAAUUUUAUAUUUGAAGACACGUUUGAAAUUUGUCCAAUUUUUUUUUUGAUAAAUGAUGAUGUGCCUUUUCCAUUGUCCGAUUUUGUUUGUAUGUAUGCAUAAAACAAAAACAAAUUGUCCCCGUAACAAACAAAUGAAUUAUCAGGUAAUAUUAAAUUAGAUGAUCACAAAAUAAAUGAAACGGAAUGUUUAAUUAAUUGAA